AUGGAACGCUACCGCUUGAUCGUCGCAGCCCACACAAUCCUCUCGGACCCCGUCAAACGCAGCGCUUACGACCGCUUCGGCUCAGGCUGGAACGGUAAACCCGAGGUCGGUGCUCGAGCAUCGAACAGUACUUACGCCCAUCCCGGACCAGGGCCAUUCAGUCAGAGCUGGCAGACCGGCCAAACCAGUGACCCAAUCUGGCAAAAUGCAACCUGGGAAGACUGGGAAAAGUUCUACGCCUGGCGCGCCCGUCGCGCAUCGGAUCCUAACGCCUCUCCCACCGACGAUCCGCACCAAUCACCCUUGUACAUGCGAAACUCGUACUUCGUCCUCCUCGUGGCUGUGCUAGCCUUCGCCGGAGGCUCAGCAAACUACAAUCGUGCGCAAGACGCAGGGACAUAUUUCGUGGAGCAGCGAGAUCUAGUCCACGAUCGGGCGGCGAAGGAGUUGAGGAGGGUGAGGCAGGAGGUAGCAGGUGUGGGGUCGCGGGAUGAGCGGAUCCAGUGGUUCUUGAGGCAGAGGGAGGCGACGAUGGGGAAUCUGGCUAAUGAUGAGGUGGAAAGUAUGCGAGAUGAAAAAGCGGCGCGGAUAUUGCCGGAGCAGGAUAUUUGUCGGAGUGAGGAUGUCCGGGACAGGAAGACUUGA